AAUAGUUUUCCCAUUGAUCAGCGUAAAAUGUUUCGCCCAACAAUAUUGGUAAUAGUUUUGGCCAACUUGGCUGGGAAUGCGUUGGGGGACUUGAUGCCUCUGCCAUUGGAUGGUCGCAUUGUGGGUGGUAGUCCCGCCGUAAUCGGUUCCUAUCCGUGGCAAGUUUCGUUGCAACGUUCCGGCUCCCAUUACUGUAGCGGCAGUCUAAUAUCGUCGAGCCUUGUGGUAACUGCUGCCCACUGUCUGAUCAGCACCGCCGGCGUGACCAUUGCCAAUCUUCGUGUGAGAGCCGGUUCCAGUUACAAGUACUCCGGCGGCAUACUGAGCACGGUUAAGGAUUUUAGAGUCCACGAGGCUUACAACAAGAGCGACAAAAUGUUUGACGUUGCAGUUAUCCGCUUAAAGACGCCACUCAAACUAAGUCCGAGUCUGAAUGUUAUUCCGCUGGCGGAGGUUACGCCAAAGCACAAUGCAGAUGCCACGUGCACCGGUUGGGGUGCCACCAGCUAUCAGGGCUCGUCCUCCUGGCAAUUGUUCUACAUCAAUACACGCAUUGUGGGUCGCACAGAGUGCUCCGGUUCCAGCUACGGCUACGGCAGCAAGAUCCGGGCCACUAUGAUCUGCGCGGCGUUUCCGCAGAGGGAUGCCUGUCAGGGCGAUUCCGGCGGACCACUUGUCUCCGACGGCAAACUCGUCGGCAUCGUCUCCUGGGGCAACAAGUGCGCCGAGCCCAACUAUCCGGGCGUCUAUGCCAAUGUGGCGGAAUUACGCGAUUGGAUCGAUCGAGCAGUGAUAACCAUUUAAUUCGUACAAUAUUUCCAAUCAUUUAAUGUAUUUUGAGUCAACUCAAAAUGUUUCUUAAGUUAAGAAAGAUAUUAUUACUUUAAUAAAAUACAAUUUGACAUAUUUUCAA